AUGGGGAAAGACAGUGACGUCCCCCAGCCAGGGCCCGCGCGCCUCGCAAAGGGCGCAGGACCCGAUGAAUGGCUAGAGCAAGCCAAGCAAUGCAAGUACUUGCCCGAGGCAGACAUGAAGCGGCUAUGUGAGAUUGUCAAGGAAUGUCUCAUGGAAGAAUCCAAUAUUCAACCCGUAAGAACACCCGUCACAGUAUGCGGAGAUAUCCACGGCCAGUUCUACGACCUUCUCGAGCUCUUCCGUGUCGCUGGUGGCAUGCCUAACGACUCUCCUGCCGCGCCCCUCGCACCACCAGUCACAUUACCAAGCACAAUUAACCCCGCCGAUCUCGAGCCUCCUACAAGCAUAACAGAUCCCAAAGUCAAGCGCAAGAUGAAGAGGCGAUUCCAGCGCGACCCCAACUACACUGGGCCUACAAGUCCCCCUGGAGGCGAUGGCGAUGAAGAGGGCGAUGACGAAGAGGAGGAGGAACGAGGCCGAAGCAGGAGUGUACACGACAGGCGCAGUAUUGGGUCAGCAUCGGAUGCAGACUCAGCCAAGAACACAGUGGGCGGAAACGGCCAACAGAACUUCAUCUUCUUGGGUGACUUUGUCGACCGAGGGUACUUCAGUUUGGAGACCUUUACUCUCCUUAUGUGCUUGAAGGCAAAAUUCCCCGACCGCGUCACACUCGUUCGCGGAAACCACGAGUCGAGACAAAUCACCCAAGUCUACGGUUUCUACGAGGAAUGCCAAACCAAGUACGGCAAUGCUUCCGUAUGGAAAGCCUGCUGCCAAGUUUUCGACUUCCUCGCCCUGGCCGCCAUCGUCGACGGAAAAGUACUUUGCGUACACGGCGGUCUCAGUCCCGAAAUCCGAACAUUGGACCAGAUCCGAGUCGUAGCCCGCGCCCAAGAGAUCCCCCACGAGGGAGCCUUCUGCGAUCUCGUAUGGAGUGAUCCCGAAGAUGUAGAUACAUGGGCCGUCUCACCACGAGGUGCAGGCUGGUUGUUCGGAGACAAGGUGUCUUCAGAGUUCAAUCACGUAAACGGUCUCCAACUCAUCGCCCGAGCCCAUCAAUUGGUCAACGAAGGAUACAAAUACCACUUCAAAGACAAAGACGUCGUAACUGUCUGGUCGGCACCAAACUACUGCUACCGCUGCGGUAACGUCGCUUCUAUCAUGAAUCUAGGCGAGGAUCUGAAGCCGGAAUUCCAGAUCUUCUCUGCUGUUCCCGAUCAUAAGCGUGCUGUCCCUGCCGGCCGUGGAGGCCGCGGAGAGUAUUUCUUGUAA